GCGAAACUAAAGACUACGAUCAGAGCUGAUCGCACAACCGUAACGCCCUUGAAACCUUAGGGUUGGACUCUUCUAUCGCCACUGCGGAGGUAGUCCAGAACGUAACAGCGCUGAUUUAUCGCGGAUACUAUUCAUAACGUACAAGAUUUGGCAGUUUUUUCUUCAGACACUUCGUCAACGGGGCUAGUCACAGUGAAAUCGAAACCGAUCGACUGUUUGACUCUUUGUGUGUAUGUAUAUACCAUUGGUUAUAGGAAAAAGGGAAUCGUCGCGGUGACAAACGCCGGUCGGAGAACAUGGCCGAACCAAAACCCGAAGGGAGUGGUAUCACCGAGUUGGGAUCUGAGACGAAUACUACGGACCUUGACUUAGCACCGGAGCGAACUGCACCGAGGCCGGCUGCGCCAGUUGAAAAGCGUAUCAACGCCAGGGCGGCGAAUAACGGCAGCGUGCGAAUGAAGUUGAAAAAAGUUGACGAAUACGAAGUCAAAGACGCGCAGAUGAAUGCUGUUUUCGGCGUAGCACCACGAGAUGUUAAAAACACACUGAAAGUGAAUCCAUUAUACGACCAGGGCACUGGAGUGAUCGAAGUCUCUGAAAGCGAUGCACAGAACGCACGCAGCAAACGUCCCAAUGACGACGGGUCACAUCGAAACUCGCGAGCAGACUCCGAAGAGGGAGAGGCGAAAAUAGGAUAUAGCACGAAUUUUAUGUUGGGAAGGACAAAGCAGGAAAAUGGCGAAGUUAAGAAACAGGAGAACGAGAAACGAUUGAAAACACAGGGCAGGGUAAUGCCAUCAAGAAUACACCGAAAUGCAUCACUAUCAUCGAUGACUCCCAACGGCGCAUCUAAUGGGUAUUAUAAAGACGAGGAAUCAUAUCGGUCAUCGCCACCAGACCAGCGCACGCGCAGAUGGAGGCUUAUUAUGCUGUUGAUCCUUAUCAUUCUGAUUUUGGCUUUGGUCUUAGUCUUAGUCCUGUACUUUCUAACACAGGGGAUAGCUCGGUGACGUCAUUUCCGGAACAUGUAAAUUAUUCAAAUUAAUUAUGCCUUUUGGUAGAAGUCUGAAAACAAUUUACGUGAUAUUUCUACCUGAAUAUAAAAUCAUGUGAUAUUUCUAUCCUGAACACAAAACCAAGCAUUUUGGGGUAUGAUUGUAAACUCAGUAAUGACAACCAAUUUUAAGAAUUAUGAGUAGCCCUACCUUAUAUUUGACGGAAUUAUAUUUAUAUAUAGAAAAACUGUUUUUUCUUACUUACAUCGAUUCGGAUAUAUACGUUCAGAUUACAUUCAAAUUUGAACAACGUGAGUGCAUGCAUUAUGGAAGUAUGGCAUGUUUAAACUUGAAUUGUUUUGUGUACAGCGACAUUGUUUACAAUUGAGAGAUUUGUAUUCUGUGUUUUUAAUUUUUAAGUUAAUAACAUUCACACUACACCCCACAAAAAACACCGAACACAAUUUUGUUAUGUUGAUAGGUAUUACUCAUAUUCAAACCAUAAUUGUCAUGGUAACGCAUGCGCUUCAUAUAUGCAUAUAUUAUAGCGUUAUCAAGUUAAUUUGCAUAUAUAGUCAUUAUAAUUUGCAUAAAUAGUCAUAUAACAGUUAUUAAUUACAGCACUUUAUUAUUUCCAAUCUCAAUUCAUUUGACAAUAAAACUGCAGCCAACAAAAGUGAUUGAAUACUGCAUACAGAUAAUCCAUUUUCAGCACAAAGAAAAAAAACUUAUUCAAAUAUAUUGAUUUGAAAGUCAGAUUAAUUCCGUUGUCAUGGCUACAGGACAGAUGGCGCAGAUUAUCAUUAGUAGUCCAUAUUUUAUUUUAGGUAUAAAAUACCGACAGAGUCGGUUAGCCAUAUGUGUUUGUGAAUAUUUUUAGUAAUAUAUUUACAUUGCCGUUUCCCAGACACGGUUGUUUUGAAAUGCCGCAAGUUUCUCAUGAUCGCUUCCAUGGACUCGGAACUGAACUGCACACAUAUGUUUAUAUAUAGUUAUGUUAUGUUAUACUAAUGUUAUUAUUUCAACUCGACCGCUUGGUCAAGUGUGUAUUUUACUUGUAUUCCUGGAUAGAACGAUUUUGUUUGUUUUUAUGUGUUAUAUUAGGCCGGUGAGGACUAGCGCUCUUGCAGUAAGUAUGACAUUUGAUUCCCACAAUAAUCUGGCAGCUUAUUAUCUAUAGAGGGCGGUAGGCAAUAUGACUUCUGUCAUCAAAAUACCAAUGUCCCCCCCCCCAAAAAAUGUAUGAAGCCUGAAUUUUACAUAUUUUAAAAAUAAAAUCUGUUAUU